UUGUUUCAGUCUACCAAUCAUGAAGACGAUAUUUGCGUUAAUUGCGCUAGUUGCUGUGGCGAUUGCUCAUCCUUUGCCUCUGGUACAACUUAUAGUUAAUGUUGAUGGUCCAAGCAAUGCCGAUUCUGUUCCAGAACCAAAACCUGAGCCAGUCUUAGUACCCGAACCCGUAGAAAAUGAGCCAGAGCCUAUUUUAAUUCCUCAGCCCGAUCCAUUACCAGUUGUUGUCCCAGAACCAAAACCUGAGCCAGUCUUAGUACCCGAACCCGUAGAAAAUGAGCCAGAGCCUGUUUUAAUUCCUCAGCCCGAUCCAUAUCCAAUUGUUGUCCCAGCACCAAAACCUGAGCCAGUCUUAGUACCCGAACCCGUAGAAAAUGAGCCAGAGCCUGUUUUAAUUCCUCAGCCCGAUCCAUUACCAGUUGUUGUCCCAGAACCAAAACCUGAGCCAGUCUUAGUACCCGAACCCGUAGAAAAUGAGCCAGAGCCUGUUUUAAUUCCUCAGCCCGAUCCAUAUCCAAUUGUUGUCCCAGCACCAAAACCUGAGUCAGUCUAAGUACCCGAACCCGUAGAAAAUCAAAAUGAAUCCGAGGAAUCUGAUAGUAUGUAUUGGUAUUAAUCUUUGAGCCAAUAUUAAAGCCACGACCCAUGAAGAAUAGAAGACUUCAUAU